CUCGCGUGCGCUGCCUGCGCGUUGAAGAGUUUCCGUUUCCCGAGGUCGUCGCGUGCAGCUCCGUGCUGAAAUUUUUUUUUUUUUUUUGGGCCGUUACUGAGUGCUGCGGCUGCAAGGAUGAUGAUGAUGGCGGAGUUAGUGCAGGGACAGGCCUCUGUGGCUCAGCCCGGGAUCAAAGCCGACGGCUUCAGUGACGCGUUACACCGGGCUCGGCAGAUUGCUGCAAAGAUGGGUGGAGAUACAAUGGCCCACUUGAAUAAUUCACCACCUGUUGUAGAUCCAGCUCUUUAUGGUUAUGGUGGGCAGAAAAGAAACAUGGAAGAAGGAGUGGGUAACCAUCUUGGAGCAAUGGUACAUCAAAGGGCAAUUAUGACAGAAGACUUCAAAGUGCCUGAUAAAAUGGUUGGAUUCAUUAUUGGGAGAGGUGGGGAACAAAUCACAAGAAUUCAGCUGGAAUCUGGCUGCAAAAUUCAGAUUGCGCCCGAUAGUAGUGGAUUGCUAGAGAGGCCUUGUACAUUGACUGGAACCCCAGAAAAUAUAGAACAGGCAAAACGACUGUUGGGGCAGAUUGUGGACCGAUGUAGAAAUGGUCCUGGUUUCCACAGUGAGAUGGAUGGAAAUAGUGCCAUUCAGGAAAUCUUAAUUCCAGCAAGCAAAGUGGGACUGGUCAUUGGCAAGGGAGGAGAGACAAUAAAACAGCUGCAGGAACGAACUGGUGUAAAAAUGAUCAUGAUUCAAGAUGGCCCAUUGCCAACGGGUGCAGACAAGCCACUCCGAAUGACUGGAGAUCUCUUUAAAGUACAGCAAGCAAGAGAGAUGGUCAUGGAAAUGAUCCGAGAAAAGGAUCAAGGAGAUUUUAGAAGUGGCCGGAGUGACUUUGGAUCGAGAUUGGGGGGUAGCAGCUUAGAUGUUGCUGUCCCACGAUUUGCUGUUGGAAUAGUUAUUGGGAGAAAUGGGGAAAUGAUCAAAAAGAUUCAGAAUGAUGCUGGUGUGAGAAUCCAGUUUAAACCAGAUGAUGGUAUAAGCCCAGAGAGAAUUGCACAGGUCAUGGGACAGCCAGAAAGAUGUCAGCAUGCUGUUCAUCUCAUUAAUGAUCUGGUCCAUACAGCACAGGAGCGAGAUGGUUUUGGUGGACCCGGAGGUCCUCGGGGUAGAGGCAGAGGGCGAGGCGAAUGGAGUCUUGGUACAGCAGGAGGCCUACAAGAAGUAACUUACACGAUACCUGCGGAUAAAUGUGGCCUUGUCAUUGGCAAAGGUGGUGAGACCAUCAAAAACAUUAACCAGCAGUCUGGUUCACAUGUGGAGCUGCAAAGAAAUCCUCCUCCCAACACAGAUCCCAAUGUUCGCAUCUUCUCCAUCCGAGGGACCCUGCAGCAGAUUGACCUUGCCCGCCAACUCAUUGAUGAGAAAAUUGGGGGUUCAGGUCUAGGAGGAAGCAGUAAUUUCAGCUUAAGCCCAUUCAGCCAAGGGGCAGGUACUCCACAUCAAAAUGGGCCGCAGACGUUCAUGCCCAGUGUAUGGGGUACUGCAUACCAGACAUGGCAGCAGCAAAGCCAACAAGACCCUAGUCAGCAAAGCCAGGCGCAAAGUACAGGCCCAGACUACAGCAAAGCAUGGGAAGAGUACUACAAAAAACAGAGUCAGACAGCAUCUCAGCAGAGUUCACCAGACUACAGUGCUGCCUGGGCUGAGUAUUACAGACAACAGGGUGCUUUUUAUGGGCAAGGCACUCAGCAGACACAGGCCCCCGGACUUCAGGAACAUUAGAAGACGUUUUUGUUGAAGAUUUUGGAAUUGCUGCAAAGAGAAGAAGCAAACCAUUUCUAACAGGUUUCUAGCUUUGCAGGGCCUCGUUUGAAGACUUACACUUUUUUUUUUCUUAGUGAGAAACACUAGCUGUAGAUUGACUUAUACGAAUAAAAAUAGAAAAUUUCUAAAUCAAACAUUUAAUUCUUACUAAAAAAAAUACAAAUAAAAAAAAAAACUUUUGGGCACCAUUAUGUAUAAAAUGGACACUCUCUCUCUCUUUCUCUCUCUCUCUCUCUUUGGGAUUCUUUUUGGGGUGUCACCACCACCCCCUACCCCCCCCAAGACCCUCCCUCUCCAACAAAACAAAACUAUCCAAAACGCACCCCAGACUUGUAACAUUUCAACAAAUGCGCAAUAUAUUUUUUGUAGUUCUUUUGCAAUAAAAAAAAAAUCUUAUGUCGUAAUUUGGGCUUAGCAGUCUUGAGUAAAACAUCUGCUGAUAUAUAUAUUUUUUUUAUUCGAUAAAACAAUGUUUUAAAGAAUGUGUACAUUUUUGUGUAGGUUUCUUUUUAAAUGUAAAACAUUUUAAUUUUGUUUUGAGAUGAAGCUGUGAUUUGUGAUGCGUUUGUUACGGGAUAACUAAGAUUUGUGUUGGCAGCCAGCCACUGAUUCCUAAUUUAAGUUCAUUUGUGUUUUUAAUUGUACACUAUCAUUUAUUUCAAUGUAAUUUUUGUACUAUUGUUGGAAAAAAAGGUGCAAUAUCCUAUUUCGUUUGUUAAACAGAAGGAUCAUGUUCUAUUUGAUAAAUUUAUUUCAAUUACUCUUGUACAACUUUUGUGAAUCAUGAAGAAAAAGAUACACUUUUAUAAAGCAGAUUCAAAUGAGAUUUAGUUUGUCAGAAAUUUUUUACCUUUUCAUACUAAAUGUCCAGGUGAACACAAAUGCUUGAAAUUACUGUGACAGCGUCCAUGACAAUCUGAAUUGUCAUUGUAAAGGCUUUGUAUUAAUUUAAAUGUUUUUUUUUUUUUUUUGGAUGAUUUGUUUUUAAACAUAAUAUGAAAUUUGAUGUUGCAUCUUUUCUGGGAGAAAGAAAAAAAAAUAACCAAAACCUGAUUGUCAAUUUUUGUGUGUGUAUGCGUGCGCGCGCGUGUUCUGUACAUUCUGAAAUAUUCAGGACUGCUAAGCCUCCAUUGGAGAGCCUACCUGUGUAAUAAUUAUAGUUUUUAUAAUAAGUAUUAAAGAAACCUAUCUUAUUUGGUACAUCCAGCCCCAGUAUACACUGUGGACUUGUUUCUAGUCCAAAUGCUAACUUUUUAAUUCAGUGUUGUUACUUUGUUUUGUUUUUUUUUUUUCCUUUCUACUGUGUGGUUUAAUAUGUCUGAUUAGAUUAAAACUGAAUCUCUAGUAUUAACUGCAUUAUGUGAAAUUUAAGUUACUUAAUGAAAAGGGAUAUCAUAAUUUCAAAAUGUUUAAUUUUAGUGUUAUUUCUCAUGUACAGAUAACAAUGUAUUAAAAAGAAAAACCAAAAGAGAUGUUUUGCAUUUGUUAAAAAAAAAAAAAAAAUAUAUAUAUAUUUUAAAUGCUGGGUUUUUUGCGCACAUUCCUAAUAUGAAUUUUUUUUCCUUCAGAUGAGCCUUGUAACAUGGACAAGGCACAAAUCAUUUGCUUUUACUUUCUUUUCAGUAGCCAUUUUACACACUAAUAAAUUGACUACAACAUUC